GUCAGUGUUGUGCUAUGGCUGUUUAAUAGUAACACCACGUUCCCUUCCUCUGAUGCAGACGGGGAGGUGCAGACUGAUGAAUGCCCUUUAGAGAAUGAAGACCAGUCUCCACAGAGUGACCUAUCCACUGAAGAGAUUAGACAUACCUCUCCACAGAGUGACCUGUCCACUGAAGAGGUUAGACAUACCUCUCCACAGAGUGACCUGUCCACUGAAGAGGUUAGACAUACCUCUACACAGAGUGACCUGUCCACUGAAGAGGUUAGACAUACCUCUCCACAGAGUGACCUGUCCACUGAACUGGUUAGACAUACCUCUCCACAGAGUGACCUGUCCACUGAAGAGGUUAGACAAACCUCACACUUGCAUACAUUGCUUACUACUGUACAAGUGUUUCAUGCUUUAAAAAAAGUGUACAUUAUUUUCACAUCCAUAGCACAAAUACAAGUCCAACUGUUUGAAUGUUCAACAUAUUCUUUCUGAAAUACUUAUGAUAGGCUCAUGAUAAUAUAAUCAUAUUAAUUGUAUAAUGUACAAUUCAUUUCAGAAGCCAACAGAGGACAUUAUAUCUACUGACACAGAGGAGAGUCCAGAGGGAGAAGAAGGUGUAAAGGAGGACACUGCAGAAGCUGAGAACUCCACAGAGGAACAAGGUGAUAACAAGGAAGACUCUACUAAGACCACAGAGGUACAAGGUGAUAACAAGGAAGACUCUACUAAGACCACAGAGGAACAAGGUGAUAACGAGGAAGACUGUACUAAGACCACAGAGGAACAAGGUGAUAACAAGGAAGACUCUACUAAGACCACAGAGGAACAAGGUGAUAACGAGGAAGACUCUACUAAGACCACAGAGGAACAAGAUGAUAACAAGGAAGAUUCUACUAAGACCACAGAGGAACAAGGUGAUAACAAGGAAGAUUCUACUAAGACCACAGAGGAACAAGGUGAUAACAAGGAAGACUGUACUAAGACCACAGAGGAACAAGGUGAUAACAAGGAAGACUCUACUAAGACCACAGAGGAACAAGGUGAUAACAAGGAAGACUGUACUAAGACCACAGAGGAACAAGGUGAUAACAAGGAAGACUGUACUAAGACCACAGAGGAACAAGGUGAUAACAAGGAAGAUUCUACUAAGACCACAGAGGAACAAGGUGAUAACAAGGAAGACUGUACUAAGACCACAGAGGAACAAGGUGAUAACAAGGAAGACUCUACUAAGACCACAGAGGAACAAGGUGAUAACAAGGAAGACUCUACUAAGACCACAGAGGAACAAGGUGAUAACAAGGAAGAUUCUACUAAGACCACAGAGGAACAAGGUGAUAACAAGGAAGACUCUACUAAGACCACAGAGGAACAAGGUGAUAACAAGGAAGACUCUACUAAGACCACAGAGGAACAAGGUGAUAACAAGGAAGACUCUACUAAGACCACAGAGGAACAAGGUGAUAACAAGGAAGACUCUACUAAGACCACAGAGGAACAAGGUGAUAACAAGGAAGACUCUACUAAGACCACAGAGGAACAAGGUGAUAAGAAGGAAGACUCUACUAAGACCACAGAGGAACAAGGUGAUAACAAGGAAGACUCUACUAAGACCACAGAGGAACAAGGUGAUAACAAGGAAGACUCUACUAAGACCACAGAGGAACAAGGUGAUAACAAGGAAGACUCUACUAAGACCACAGAGGAACAAGGUGAUAACAAGGAAGACUGUACUAAGACCACAGAGGAACAAGGUGAUAACGAGGAAGACUCUACUAAGACCACAGAGGAACAAGGUGAUAACAAGGAAGAUUCUACUAAGACCACAGAGGAACAAGGUGAUAACAAGGAAGACUCUACUAAGACCACAGAGGAACAAGGUGAUAACAAGGAAGACUCUACAGACAGUGUGGUUGGGGAGAUGAGCCUGCAGACCAAGCUACAGGGGAGUCUGGAGAAUCUGGUCCUGGAGGAA